AUGCAGAGAACCAUGGAGGGGAAGCCCGGCCUGCAGACCGUCUACCAGGCCGUGCAGGCCCUCUACCAUGACCCGGAUCCCAGCGGGAAGGAGAGAGCCUCGCUGUGGCUGGGAGAGCUGCAGAGAUCGGUUUAUGCAUGGGAGAUCUCGGACCAAUUGUUACACAUCCAUCAGGAUGUCGAGUCCUGCUAUUUUGCUGCACAAACCAUGAAGAUGAAAAUUCAAACUUCAUUUUAUGAGCUGCCUGCAGACUCCCAUGCUUCCUUGCGGGACUCCUUGUUGUCACAUAUCCAGAACUUGAAGGACUUGUCUCCUGUUAUUGUAACUCAGCUGGCUUUAGCAAUAGCAGAUCUUGCCCUGCAGAUGGCUUCCUGGAAAGGCUGUGUACAAACGCUUGUAGAAACCUAUGGUAAUGACCCAUCAUCAUUAUCCUUCCUCUUGGAGAUUCUUACUGUGCUACCAGAGGAAGUUCAUAGCCGAUCUCUGCGUAUUGGUGCUAACCGGCGAUCUGAGAUCAUUGAGGACUUGGCCUAUUAUUCUAGUACUGUAGUGUCUCUACUGAUGAAUUGUGUGGAGAAGGCAAUGGACAAUGAAAAGAUGCUGAUAAAGACAUUCAGAUGUUUAGGCAGCUGGUUUAACUUGGGGGUCCUAGACAGCAACUUCAUGGCUAACAACCGUCUCUUGAUGCUGCUCUUCCAGGUCCUGCAACAGGACCAAACAUCGUCCAAUUUACAUGAAGCUGCAUCUGACUGUGUGUGUUCUGCACUCUAUGCCAUUGAAAAUGUUGAGACUCACCUUAACCUAGGAACACAGCUAUUCCAGGGUGUACUUACACUUGAAGUUGCCUAUCACAUGGCAGUGGCACGAGAAGACAUGGACAAGGUGUUGAAUUACUGUCGGAUGUUUACAGAACUGUGUGAAACCUUUUUGGAGAAAAUUGUGUCUGCUCCAGGGCAUGAUCUUGGAAACCUCCGAACAUUGGAACUUCUCCUAAUCUGUGCUGGCCACCCACAGUAUGAGGUUGUUGAAAUCUCCUUUAACUUUUGGUACAGACUUGGAGAGCACCUUUAUAAAAUAAACGAUGCCGUGCUGAAUAGUAUCUUUAAACCAUACAUACAAAGGCUUCUCCAUGCCUUAGCUAGGCACUGUCAGCUUGAUCCAGACCAUGAAGGGGUUCCUGAAGAAACAGAUGACUUUGGAGAGUUCCGCAUGCGAGUUUCAGACUUGGUAAAGGACUUGAUCUUUCUGGUGGGCUCCAUAGAAUGUUUCUCUCAGCUGUAUUCUACUCUGAAAGAUGGAAAUCCACCCUGGGAAGUCACAGAGGCUGUGCUAUUUAUAAUGGCUUCCAUAGCUAAAAGUAUAGAUCCAGAGAACAAUCCAACUUUGCUAGAAGUCCUAGAUGCAGUAGUCCGACUUCCUGAGUCUGUUCACAUUGCUGUGCGCUACACUAGCAUAGAGCUGGUAGGGGAGAUGAGCGAGGUGAUUGACCGAAACCCUCAGUUUCUCGAUCCUGUGUUAUCCUACCUAAUGAAGGGCUUGUGCCAGCCAUCCUUGGCUACGCCUUCUGCCAAAGCCAUUCAGAACAUUUGUUGCGUCUGCCGGGACCACAUGGCGCAGCACUUUAAUGGGCUUCUGGAAAUCGCUCGGUCUUUGGACUCCUUCUCAUUGCCACCAGAGGCUUCUGUAGGACUUCUAAAAGGCACUGCACUGGUCCUUGCACGUCUACCUCUGGACAAGAUCUCAGAAUGCUUGAGCGAGCUUUGUUCUGUCCAGGUUGAAUCCCUCAAGAAGCUCCUCUCCCAAGACCCUAAUAAUGGCUUGUCCUCUGACCCCACGCUAUUUCUGGACCGACUGGCAGUCAUCUUCAGGCACACCAUUCCUUCAGUAGAAAAUGGACAGACCCACCCAUGCCAAAAAGUCAUCCAAGAAAUAUGGCCUGUGAUGUCAGAGACCUUGAACAAGCAUCGUGCUGACAACAGAAUUGUGGAGAGAUGCUGCCGAUGUCUGCGCUUUGCUGUGCGCUGUGUUGGAAAAGGAUCUGCUGCACUCCUACAGCCCCUUGUCACACAGAUGGUUAAUGUCUACCAGAUUCACCAACAUUCAUGUUUCCUAUAUCUGGGUAGCAUCUUGGUGGACGAGUAUGGGAUGGAGGAAGGUUGCCAACAAGGAUUGCUUGAAAUGUUGCAGGCUCUUUGUGUUCCAACAUUUCAACUCCUGGAGCAGCAGAAUGGACUCCGUAAUCACCCAGACACCGUUGAUGACCUUUUCAGGCUCUUUACCAGGUUCAUACAGCGAUGUCCAAUUGUCCUUCUAAGAAGUCAGGUGCUAAUGCAUGUCUUGCAGUGGGCUAUUGCUGCCACUACAUUAGACCACCGAGAUGCCAACUGUAGUGUCAUGAAGUUUCUGCGCGAUCUUGUACACACUGGGAUAGCCAAUGAUCAUGAGGAGAACUUUGAAGUACGGAAGGAUCUGAUUCAGCAAGUAAUGAAUCAGUUUGGACAACAGCUGGUCAGCCAGCUUCUCCAUUCUUGUUGUUUCUGUCUCCCACCCUAUACAUUGCCUGAUGUGGCUGAAGUUAUAUGGGAAAUUAUGGUAUUUGACAGGCCGACAUUUUGUAGAUGGUUGGAAACAUCACUGAAGGGUUUACCAAAGGAGACAUCGGGAGGCGCAAUUACAGUAACACAUAAGCAGUUAACAGAUUUCCACAAACAAGUAACAAGUGCUGAGGAAUGUAAGCAAGUGUGUUGGGCUCUCAGAGAUUUCACCAGGUUAUUCCGAUAG